AUGUUUAUCAAAGAAGCCGGAAAGCUCAUCUAUCGCUUCGACGACCACACGCUCUGGAUCGAAGCAUGGGGUCCAAAUGCAUUUCGCAUCCGAGCCACGCGAUUAGCAUCCAUGCCCUCAGGAAACUACGGUGCCCUGGCAGAGACCGCUCCCAAAAGUACAGAUGGUGACAUAUCCAUCUCAGAGGAUGAUUCCAAAGGCAGCAGGUCGAUCACCAAUGGAAAUAUCCGUGCAGAAGUGUCUCAUCGUGGCAAGAUCAUCAUAUACAAUACCGCGACUGGCAAGAAGAUUCUCGAGGAUUAUGCUCGCCAUCGUCUUGAUCUUCAGGAUGCCAAAUGCAGUGCUCUGAAAGUUGAAGCUCGCGAGCUCAAAGGCAUUCCCGGCAGUGACGGUUUCCACGCCACGAUGAGAUUGGAAUCUCUGGAUCCUAAUGAGCGCAUCUACGGUAUGGGACAAUACCAGCAGCCGUAUCUGGAUCUCAAGGGUACCGAUAUCGAGCUCGCGCAGCGCAACUCACAAGCCAGCGUUCCCUUCGCCGUGUCCUCUCUAGGCUACGGGCUACUUUGGAACAACCCAGCCAUUGGUCGUGCUGUGCUUGGAAAGAACAUCAUGAGCUUUGAAUCUUUCUCGACGAAAAGCAUCGACUACUGGAUAGUUGCUGGCGAUGGCCCUAAAGAGAUCCUGCAAGCGUAUGCUGGUGUUACUGGUACGGUGCCUAUGAUGCCAGAGUAUGGACUUGGGUUUUGGCAGUGUAAGUUGCGUUACUCGAGCCAGGAAGAAUUGCUAGAGGUUGCGAGGGAAUACAAGAGGAGACAGAUCCCCAUCGACGUAAUUGUCAUCGACUUCUUCCACUGGAAACACCAAGGCGACUGGUCCUUCGAUCCCAAGUAUUGGCCUGACCCGAAAGCCAUGGUGACUGAGCUCAAGCAGAUGAACAUCGAACUCAUGAUCUCCAUCUGGCCGACCGUCGAGCCCGCCUCGGAGAACUGGGACGAAAUGCUCCACCAAGGGCUCCUAAUCCGCCAUGAUCGUGGGCCUCGUGUUGCAUCCGAGACGGGAGCGUAUAGCACAUAUUUUGACGCCACGAAUCCCGCCUCAAGAGACUUUGUGUGGAAGAAGGCUAAGCAGAACUACUACGACUACGGCAUCAAGAUCUUCUGGCUCGAUGAGGCGGAGCCGGAGUAUAGCGUCUACGACUUCGAGUUGUAUCGGUAUCAUGCUGGUCCGAAUCUCGAGAUUGGAAAUGCUUAUCCGCGCGAGUAUGCGAGGGCUUUCCACGAUGGGAUGACAGCUGAAGGCCAAGAGGGCGUGGUGAAUCUCCUCAGGUGUGCGUGGGCGGGAAGUCAGAAGUUUGGAGCGUUGGUCUGGAGUGGAGAUAUUGGGUCGAGUUGGGAGGUUUUGAGGAAUCAGAUUGCGGCGGGGUUGAAUAUGGGCAUGGCGGGCAUCCCCUGGUGGACAACCGACAUAGGCGGCUUCCACGGCGGCAACCCCUCCGACCCAGCCUUCCGCGAGCUCUUCACGCGCUGGUUCCAAUGGGGUACCUUCUGCCCCGUCAUGCGCCUGCACGGCGACCGCGAACCCAAACCACCGGGUCAAGACACCGCCCCCGGCGCCCCGAACGAAGUCUGGUCGUACGGCGAGGACGUGCUCAAAAUCUGCACGAAGUACAUCGCCAUGCGCGAGGAGAUGCGCAAUUACACGAGGAGCCUUAUGCAGGAGGCUCAUGAGAAGGGGAGCCCGGUCAUGAGGAUGCUGUUUUAUGAGUUUCCGGAGGAUGAGAGGGCUUGGCGGGUGGAGACGGUGUAUAUGUUUGGGGAGAGAUAUCUUGUGGCGCCUGUUCUGAAAGCGGGGGUGAGGAAGAUGAGCGUGUAUUUGUCGAAGGGGGCGAAGUGGCGAUUGUGGGAUGGGGAGGAGGUGUUUGAGGGUGGACAGGAGGUGAAGGUCGAGUGUCCUAUUGAGAAGAUGCCGGUUUUUGUGAGGUUGUCGUAG